AAUCAAUAAAAUUACAGAAUAUUCAAACAAUGACAAAUUUUCAUACUCCAGCUUUUUCUAUUCAUAGUGAAAAUAAUUCACUUAUUAUUCCAACAUCUGAUACUUCUCUUCUAAUUCUUCCUCAUUUCACUCACCUUCAACUAGUAGUGACGCUGCAUCCACUAGUUGUUCUUCCGGUUGUAAUUCACCAACUGUUAGCGACAACGAAGAUUUAUUUGUACCGAUGGAACAACUUAAUAAUGUAAAAAGACUUUUAAGAAUGUUUCCACCUCCAAUGUCUGCCGUAGAAUUUAUCAACAAAAAUCCGUUCCAUGCUUCGGAUGGGCAUAUUAAAAGACCAUCAAAUAAUUUCAUUCUUUUCCGUAAGAUUGCACAUGACCAGAAGAAUCAAACUCCUGCUUUAUCUGAUUAUAACGAAAGACAAUUCUCCCAGAUAAUUGGAAAAAUAUGGAAAGGUCUCUCUCAAGGUGAAAGAGAAGAAUAUAAGCAACUAGGUAAGGAAGUGGCUGAAAUGCAUAAAAAAAUGUUCCCCAAAUAUAAAUAUCAACCUAAGAGAGAUAAAGCCGCAUGGAAGCAUUUUAAUCCGGAAAAUAAUAAUUCUAAUCUAAAGUCAAAAAGAAAGAUUAAGGUCAAAUUACAGAAAAAUCAAGAAACAACAUGUGACAUUCCUAAGAUUAAUCUUAACAUUCCUCAACAACAACAGCAGCGGUCAAAUGGGUCAAAUGGGUCCAAUAGAUCAAUUAUAUUAUCAUCCCAUGGAUUAUUUUAACGAAGAAUAUUGGAUGCAACAAAUAUAAUACAAAUAACACGUAUAUUGUAACGAAGUCUAUAUUAGUUUUUUUUAUUUUUUAUUUUUUUUUGGCAUCAUCUGUUUAAAAUUGGCAAUAAUUUCAUUCAAACUUGAACAAUUUUUAUAAUUUCGCAGUAGACAACAACCUCAUUUCAGAUUUUAAGUCGCAUAUAGACAAUUUUAGUCAAUCAUUAAAUUAUAGAAUUAGAUAACCAAAUUCAUGAACAAUUUCAACUACGGAUUUUAUAUCAUUCACAAUUUACAUAUAUAUUAUAUAUAUACUUCUAUAUAUUUCUUUAUCUGUAUAUUUUUAUCUUUUUUGUAGAUUUUUUUCUUUCUU